GUGUGUGUGUGCAGGCCAUGCCGUACUUUGUGGGACUGAUGCUGCUGGAGAUGGUGGUGGGUGCGCUGAUGACAGGAAGCCCUGUCGUUACGCUGAGUGACGGUCUCACCUCCCUUUCUGCUGGAAUGAUCUCCAGACUCCCUAUGCUGGUGAUGAGAGGCUGUGAGCUGUCGGCCUACCUGUACGUGUGGGACCACUUCCACCUGCUGGAGCUGCCCUGGGACUCUGCAUGGACCUGGUGGCUCACCUUCCUCGGAGUGGACUUCUGCUACUACUGGGUCCAUCGCUUCGCUCACGAGGUGGCCAUCCUCUGGGCUGCUCACCAGGUUCACCACAGUUCAGAGUACUACAACCUGACCACGGCGCUCAGACAGUCUCUCACCCAGCAGUUCACCUCUUGGAUCUUCUACCUUCCCAUGGCUCUCGCUGUUCCUCCCUCCGUCUUUGCUGUUCACAUACAGUUAAACCUUCUCUACCAGUUCUGGAUCCACACUGAGGUAAUCAGAGACCUGGGACCUCUGGAGUGGAUCUUCAACACGCCCAAACAUCACAGAGUUCAUCAUGGAAGAAACCUUUACUGCAUUGACAAGAACUAUGGAGGAAUCCUCAUUAUUUGGGACAGAUUGUUCGGUACGUUUGCUGCAGAGUCAGAUAAAGUCGUAUACGGCCUGGUGUUUCCCAUCAACACGUUUGAGAUCCUCUACGUUCAGUUGCACUACUAUGUAUAUUUAUGGAAAAGAUCCAGAACUUACAAAACCGUCAGUGACAAGGUGUCAACUUUCAUCAAAGGGCCGAGCUGGAAACCCGGUAAACGUCGUCUCGGUGACCACGUCGACAAUCCCAAGGUAACUGGAAAUGAAAUACCUCAUGGUCCCAAAUGGUCGCUGACAUUUCAAGUCUAUGUGGCUUUACAUUUCCUGCUGGUGCUUUGGACUUACCAUGAGUUGUUUGAAAGCAAAACGGUGCUGUCUCAGUUAACUAUUUUCGGGAUGACCAGCUACGUUUUGCUUACUCUCACCUCCCUGGGCUUCAUCAUUGAGCAAAGGCCAUCAUCAGCCUUCUUGGAGACGAUUCGCUGCGUUGUCAUGGUAAUGCUGAUGCGGUACAGCUACCUGAGGUCCGCCUUGCCUUUACUCUCUGUCCCCACUGAGGUAAGCUAAGCUACCGGCGCUACAG